AUGUCUUUGCUAAGAAGCCGUGACUUAACGAUUUUAGAUCGAGUCUAUGAGCAUAUUACUUUACCUCCACUAGUGGUGGCUGUAAUAGAUACUCCAUUCUUUCAGCGAUUGCGCAGCCUUCAUCAACUUGGGGCUAGUUCUUUUUUGUAUCCUGGUGCGGUACACACCCGCUUUGAACACAGUAUCGGUGUCGCGCACAUGGCUCGGACUCUUCUGCAACACUUCCAGCAUCAGCAACGCGAUCUUGGCUUAGACGAAGCGGACAUUCAAGUAGGAAUGUUAGCAGGUCUUUUGCAUGAUGUAGGCCACGGACCCUUUUCUCACCUCUUUGAAGACGUUGUUUUAAAGCGUUUUGGCAUAGAAUUCAAUCACGAAGAAAUGUCAGAGCGGAUAGCCCGUCGUAUAUUAAGGCCUCUCAUACCUCAGCCGCAAAUCGACGCGGUGAUUAAUCUAAUGCAAGGUGUUGCUACCCCUCACAUUGCAUAUAGCGAAAUCAUCAGUAACAAACGCAACGGUGUGGAUGUAGAUCGGCUUGAUUAUUUCAUACGCGACUCCAUGUGUUGCUUUGGCAAGCCCACCGUCGAUGUCCGUGUGCAUCGCCUCUUUAAUUCCUCUCGCUUGGUGUGUGAAAAAAAACAAUGGCAACUUGCAUUUGAGCAGAAGUUAGCUCUGUCUCUGCGCGAGAUUUUUUUGUUACGCGCAAAGCUCCAUAAAAAUGUUUAUCAGCAUCAGGUUACAAAGGCUAUUGGCCACAUGAUUGGUGAUAUUUUUUACCUAGCGGCACCAUACUUUAAAAUCUGUGGGCACACCAUUGUAGAGUGCGCGCAGGAUGAGGAUCUAUUCCUUAAGCUUGGGGACUGGAUCCUGGAGGCAAUCGAGGCCAGUGAUGAACCUCGUCUUCGGCCGGCACAACUCCUUCUGCAACGUCUGCGCAAGCGAGAUCUAUAUCGCAUCAUAUUCUCCACGUCAUUAAAUAUAUCCCAGCUUAAUCAACUCACGUUAAUAAAAGCCGACAUCGACUGGUGCCAGUGCAUCAUCGAUCAUGCGAAUCCUUCGUUUCCGAUAGAUAAAAAUGAUUUUAUUGCGGAAGUGGUAGUCAUUAACCAAGGGAAAGGACAGGAGGAUCCUCUGGAGAGUGUUCUCUUUUUCAACCCUAAGAAACCAUCACAGCCACUCAUCCGGCUACAUCAAAAGGACCGCCUGCAAUACAGCAGCACCCUCUUCACGCCACUGCAAUUUGAGGAGCGCACACUGAUGGUAUUUGAGCGGCGGCCCACUAACGGCGCGGUUCGCCAGGCCUGCGAUCGUGUGUUAGAGGAUCCAAAGCUUGUGGACUUGUUUUCGGAUUCUCUGCCCUUUUAUAAUCCCCAAUAA